GAGAUAAGAUCAAGAUUCAAGACACGAUCUUAAGAAGCAAACUUGGAGAAACGGCAUAAGGGCAUGUUGUGCGUGUGCAUAGGAACUCCGAGUGCGACCUGGAGCUGGAUCUUCAUGCACAAGGGCUCAUCAGACAAGGAUGUGCCUCGUACGGGUACUCCACCUUUGUGGUCUACAGGUUCUGGUACUCCUUCCCACCGUGCCCAUUCUUCUUGCUUGCGCCUCCGCCUGCGCCCCAGGCCUAUGGCGACAUGAUCGUAAUUCGUACCUUAGGCUAAAAGGUUUGCGGCGGGACUGCGGUCAGAUUCAGUCCACCAUGGUGUCUUCCCCUAGUUCGAGGGCGUCGCCCCUUACGAGCAAAAAGAGCAAAUGUGCAUGGUCUAGCCGAGCCUGUAGAUCUAAUUUGUGCGUUUAAAUGUCUGUUAAACGCAGAGAUUGAACUGCUCAUUCUUUUGGAUCGAAAAAUUCUAAAGCGUCCCUAUUUGCCCACUU